AUGAACGUUGACCUUGAAAAUAUUGUGCUCAAAGUCUACAGUCAUUUCAGCACCUCAGCCACCCAGUCAGCGCAGCUGCAGGAAUUCUGCGAGUUCCUGGACAUGAACUUUUGUGUCAUCCAUGCUCUUAAGCUAUUCACUGACUGCAUUGAGGCAUUGGAAGCUAAAUCUUUUUGCGUCACCUCCAUCUACCAGCUCAUGUCCAAUCUGAAUGACCAGCUUGAAAGAAGGCUGAGGGACAACUACUUUGGCUUCACUGUCAAUAACAAGCUGAAAGAGCUCACUCUGGAUCUGGCAAGGAGAUGUAAGGCUGACUUUGGUGCUGUCUAUGAAAGGGCCUGCAAGUACCUUGGCUGUGAUGUGCUGGUGGGAUACUCAGUGGUGUACAGGGUGUGCUUCGGCACUGCCUGCUUCCACCUGACAAUGGCGCUCCUCCUCAUCAAUGUCAAGUCCAGCCGUGCACUCAUACACAAUGGGUCAGUGGAACAUAAAUAUACCCCCCGCCCCCCCCCUCCAGUCUGGCAUUAUGUAGGUGUGGUAGGGAGAUUUGCCUUCAUCCUGAUUCAGCUCAUCCUCAUUACAGCAUUUGCCCACACCUGGAACAAGAACUGGUUGACAGGUGCUGCUGAAGAUAAACGCAGGUACCUGAGAGUGCUGUGUGCCACACUGUUCUUCUACAGCAUUGCUGGCACUGCCUUCUCUUUUAUGUACCAGUUCUACACCCACCCAGACGCCUGCCAGCUCAACAAAGUCCUCCUGUGCAGCAACCUGGGGCUGUGCAGCCUCAUGUCCUUCAUCACAGUCACACCCUGCAUGCAACAGAUGGAGUACCAGGGACAGACAGUGAUGAUGUGUUACCCUAGUUUGGGGCAGGAUAGGGUGCAGAAGGAGGGGAAUGCUGUUGCAGUGAUUGGAGCAGUCAUCAUGUACUGCUGUGUGCUCUUCGCAUGGUGCCAGCAGGUGAUCCACAUGGAGCGUCAGCGCCUCACCUACAGCUACUUCUUCUUCCACUUUGUCUUCUUCCUUGCCUCCCUCUAUGUCAUGAUGACCCUCACCAAUUGGUUCAGCUAUGAGUCGGCUGUGCUGGAGACCACCUUUACCCAUGGGAACUGGUCCACAUUCUGGGUGAAGGUGUCCUCAUGCUGGGCCUGCAUGCUGCUCUACCGUUGGCUGCUUAUAGGCCCAUUGUGCUGGCGCCGGCCUGAGAACAGAACACGGCCGGGUCAGUACAGAAUCAGGAGACAGCCCACCACCCACCACUCCAUCACCAUCAAGGUGUGAUGGAGUGGUACCACAGCAACACGCCACCGUGUCAAGGCAACACAUCAACACUUUGGGGUGACAUGAGAAAGUUGCAGCACCGGAGAGGGACCACCCAGCAGGGAGACAAUGCGACCUCAUACUCAACCGCGACCCCAACUUUGACCU